GCAGCAGCCUCAUGAAUAUUCACGUCAUCGUCAGUGGGGGAGUUGACCUGCCUCCACUUGUGUUUAAAUUGCCGGAUCUGUCCUCAUCUCUCUGCCUACGAAAUUCCUGACUGGGCCGAACACUGAGGAACAACUCAAAGCUUGGGCUGAUCUUCAAAACACAUCAAAUACAAUAUGGAAACCAUUGGUGAGAUCAUCCCAUUUGCUAAGGAGAUGCUAAACCAGAGGCCCAGCCGGGGCAUGCUGAAGAUCUACAUGCUCGGCUCCACCCUGGCGAUGCUCGGCGUGGUUGGCGGACUGGUGGAAACAGUUCUGCUGCCAUUUACGGAGCAGGAGACUGUUGAAGACACACCGGCAGAGCAGAUCAGGGAGGAGGAGAAGAAGGAGAAGAAGCAAGCAGUGAAGUCACAGUCUACCUUGGUCCACCCUGAAGUUGUAGACGUGCCGGAAUCAGUAGUGAUCGAGGUCAAGGCCAAACAUCUGGUGACUGCUGGGCUGAGGAGCUCAGCCAACCGCCUGCAUGCUUCUUAAAGAAACCCUCCCCUCCUGAUGUGAAUGGACACUUGAAAUGUUGAUGGUGGUGGUGGUGGUAAAUUAAAUCACCAUGUUGAACAAGCCACUUUGUGCUCAUUCUUUAAUUCCAGAUGUAGUUGAAAGUGCACUUUGCCCCUGGUGACUGGCAAAAAUGUUAUGUGUGGAUACACUGAAAACUGCAGGCUACAGUGACGUCUGGCUGCUGGGCAGCAGAUACUUGUGGAUGUGACUUGAUGAGUGUGUUGGAGAAAAUGGAAUGUGUGUGAUAUGAUUCAAUUUGCACUUUAAUAAAACUAUUUUUCAGCUGGC